CGUCAUAUUCAAAAUGGCCGCCACGGGGUAGAAAAAGGCGGAAGUGACUUGUUUUGGGGUGAGUUGUGAGCUCAAAAGCGCGUGACAACCAUUGGAAAUAUCUCUUGAGUCAUCUUAAGGUAUGAACACAUACCUUGCAUCAUGAAAAUAAUAUAAAAGUGUCGUUCAAGUCGGUUAUAGUCGUAGAACUUAAGGUGAAACUGGCGAACUCGAUAUAUUUUUAACUGCCACCGUGGCCCUAUAGGUACAGCCUUCAGUUCAAGGCCAGCUCAAGGACUGACAACAUAUUUUCUGUGCGAUGUCAGAAAAGAUGGCCUUCAAGAAUGGCGGAGAAGACACAGUUCUGACCAGGUCGUGUAGUUAUGAUUCGUCGUUUGAAAUGGUGGAGACACCGCCUAGGCCGAAAGGGCUUGAGGUGACAAAGGAGGAUUUGCCUGAAGAAGAAAAUGAGGGUCCAUCCCAGAGUGUGUGUUGCCAGCCACCAUUGGACAUGACUACAUUCCGGUCCAUGUUGGACCCAGACGGUCGACUUGUAAAUGAACACGCUCUGAGGAAAGCUGUCUUCAGAGGAGGAGUGGACCCUACAGUUAGGAAGGACACCUGGCAGUUCAUGUUCGGACUGUACCCGUUCCUGUCCACGGCGCGGGAACGUGAGGUCAUGAGCGCCGAGCACCACUUCAAGUACCAUCAACUCAAGGCCAGGUGGAAAACACUACUCACUAUGAGCAGCCUGGGAACCACAGAGCAGGAACAGGGCGUGUCAGCUGAGUACCUGGAUGAUGACUUGGACCUCAGAGUGGAGUCCUUUACAGAUGAUGCAGACAUGAAGGUACCAGCCAUGGACACCACAAACAUCAGUACUGAGACCCAGCAACAGCUUCAGUUCCUUGAAAUACAGGCACAGGUUUUUGCAGGCAGACAACCCAUAAACAUGAAAGACAUUCGUAAAGCUGUGAGAAUAAUAGACAAGGACGUUCCUCGGACAGACAGAGGACACGAAUAUUUCAAGGGCAGUGGCAAUCCUCACCUCUCCAUACUCAGGAAUAUCCUCAUCACUUUUGCUGCCUUUCAUCCAAAGGUGGGUUAUGCUCAGGGGAUGAACGACAUCCUGAGCCGGUUCCUGGUGGUUCUGGACUCGGAAGUUGAGGCGUUCUGGUGUUUCUCCAGCUACAUGGAGACCAUACAGACUGACUUCAUGGAGGAGGGCAUGCUCAGGAAACUCACCUUGGUGAAACAGCUGCUAAAGGAACUGGACACUGUGCUAUUCAACCACCUGGAAAAGUGUGACGUAGGGGACAUGACAUUCUGUCACAGGUGGCUUUUGUUAGGUUUUAAGAGGGAGUUCCCGUUUGACGAGGCCCUGCGACUGUUUGAGAUCAUCAGUAGUCACCACAUGGAGCUGUCCUCACUAGAUGUGGAGAGAGUCAGAGACCAGGAGAGAGCACGCGACUUUCUAAGAGAAGGUGGGCAGAACCGUGUUGUAGGUGCUCCAUUGAACACAGACUUCACAUUUGAGCUGUUCGUGUGUGUGGCCAUGCUUCAGAACAUCAGGCAACAGCUACUCAACUGUAGGGAUGGCACAGAGAUCUUCCAAAGUGUCAGUGGGUUGUCAGGAAAGAUGGACUUGGCCCACAUCCUGAGGACGGCAGAAACCAUCUUCAUGUCUUACUGCAGGAAGUCUGUCAUCGACUGUUUCCAGAUUGUAGAGUAAUACUUCCAGGUCAAAGGGCAAUAUGGCAGUAAUAGAAAAACUGAUUUGCAGUGGACUAGAAGAGAUUUUUUCUGUCUUUUAAGUUAGUGAUAUUAAUGUUUUCAUAUUUCGCUAUCAUUUAUUGCAUCUUUAAGAUAGUCUAAGACAAAUUAUGGGUUUGUUUGUUUGUUUGUUUAUUCUUAGUUUGUUUAUUCUGGGUCCCUAGGUGAAGAGUUAGAUUAUCACAAUGAUGAAAAUCCCUGGGUCCCCCAAAGUUAUUCUUUCACGUAAAAUGUUUCACGUCUUGGCAUGAAAUUAGAAUAAUCCUUGUUGCAUAUAACAAUAUGCAAAUUAUUCUGGAAAUGCUUACCAUGGCAGGAUUUAUUUAUGUUGAAGGAAAGAAAGUAGUUACAGAAAACAUAAGAGUAUAAGAUAUGUACAUAUUGAUAAUUAAUCUAAAUUAUAUAUUUGAGAUACCAAGUAUUGAUAUUGCAAUGUUCCUAAAUUAUUCCAAUUUGUUACUGUGAGUUGUUAAUAUUUUUUGCUUAAAAGUAAAUUGUUGCCUGAAAUAGUAUUACAUACACAUAUUGAAACUGGUGCCUUGAUCUAGAUAUAAAUUGUAUGUAUUAAGAAUGAAACAUAUAAGGUAAUACAUGGUACUAUUCUGGAGCAGUAUACGUAAAAAAAAUAAUGUUUUCUUAAGUUUAACUUAGAAAUUUUCAAUAUCAUUUGUAUUUGCAGAUAUCAAGACAGAAAAUACUGUAUUGAGUGUUAGGUUGUAGAUAUGAAAUAUCUUCUACUGGUAUGUUUAAAGAAGUCAAAUCACAUCACAAGAUAUAGAUAAAGUAUUAUUUUUAAAAUGUUUAUCAUGUGUAUGGAAGAUAGGCCUAUAAUUUAACAUAAGGGUCUCUUUAACUUUCAGUGUUUGUCUGUCUUUAGUCUUACAAAAUAAAGCCAAAGUCGAACUGUUUGUUAUCAGCAGCUAAAUUCUAGUUGGGAACAAAAAGAGAAAUUCUUGAUAAAUGCAAAUACAUACUAUUACACUAUUUAGCAUUAAUGAGUGCUCUAAUAUUGAA